AUGUGGACGAGCACAAGCUCCGUAUUUUUUACGGGAAGCGCAGAGGUCGAGGCUGACCUACUGGGAGACGAAUGGAAGGGCUACGUGCUCCGCGACGCCGGUGGAAAUGAGGCCGUCUGCAUCUUCUCAUGUCCAAGGGGCACUCUUGCUGCAGACCACAUCGUGAUGGAAAUCCCCGGACUGACCAACGGCAAAGUGCCCCGCCACGCCUCUCGGCCCCAACGUGCGUCCGAGAUCCGCAAGCUGUUCAACCUGAGCAAGGAGGACGACGUAAGCAGCCAUGUCGUCAAGCGCGUGCUGCCGCCCAAGGAGGGCAAGGAGAAUGCCAAGCCCAGAUCAAAGGCACAGUCGGCGUCGAACAUAGAAAUAACAACCAAUCUAACUUUGAUUUCGCUACUUCUGCCCGAGUUUCGACCAAACGUGAGGUGAUUCUUGAAGUCAAGAAACUUCAAACAGAAAUUAAACGUAUUCGCAAAAAGGAGCUUUCAUAAAAGCACCGGUUGGAAGAAGCUCACCAAAUGUCCAACAAGUCUCUGCGUACCAAAUGUUAAAGAAUAUAAAGGCCCUGUGAAACAUAAUUCAAAACACCAUGAGUUAUGGCAGAAAGCGAUAGAUGUUUUAAAGACAACAAAAUUUAUGAAAAAAGUGAAUCAGGGAAAAUAAAUUCAAUGUGUGCGUGUGGAUGAGCACCCUCCGAAAAAAAAAACACGCUGAUCAUUCACUCAUUAACAGGUGCUCACUCAGUUCUCACAAACUACCAACGAAAACAGUGAAUGUAUUCAUUUAACGUUUAAUAUUAUAUACUUACCAGCAUUUAGUAAAAAAUAUGCCAACUUACCUCUAUAAAUUGUAGAUCACCUAGUGACGUAUUUAAAUAGUUUCUGAUGCUCACUCAAUCCUCACACUUUUGAAAACCCGAAUUUUGAUGAAAAACAUAAGAUUUAGACCGCUAUUAUGUGUAUAGCUUAGUAAAAGUAAUAUGGGUUCACUGUUUUCCUUCAUUCUCCAUUCAGACCUGUUAAUGAGUGUAUCUUUUGAUUUAUCUUUUUACAAAUUCAGAGAUUCGUAUUACAAUUGGUUUAGAAUUUUUACUAAAUGAUCUGCAGAUUUUUUUCGAAAGGUUCUCACUCAAUCCACACGCACUCAAAUUCAAUUAGUUGAAGCGAGUGUUCCAACCACCCAGAAUUUUAUCAAAACUCCAGAAGGUGUGGUACGAAAUAUAGGCUAGAUGCGUUGCUGACCCGUAACCUUAACAAACAUUCGCUGGAAAAUUUCUUUGGUAACAUCCGGAGCUAUGGGGCAAGAAGAAAAAUUGCACCAAACACGAUUGCAUUUGAAAGGGCAUUCAAGGCACUCCUGUUAACAUGCGCGGA